AUGUCUGGCCGCCGUCCAGCUCCGCGCCCAAAACGGGCCGGCGAAGAGUUUGCACGAUUGCACCAUGCAGAGGAGGGCCAAUCUUCCAAGAAGCCCCGCUUUGAUAUGCGAAACCCGUCAACACUCGCGCCUGAUGCGCGGGAAGAGGACGCCAUAUUAGACCUGGACGAGAUUGGCAAACGCGGACAACAGGCGAAGCGAAACGCCGUGAACCUGGAAGGAUAUGAAUCAGACAGCUCCAACGAGGGGUUUGACGCCCGAGCAGAUGCCAAAGCCAAUGCAGCAAAAAAUCCAGAGCGAUCUGAGAUGGAGGACGAGAAUGAUAUGUUUGCCGACCUGGAGGACGACUUCCGAGACGGCGAUGAAGACGAAGACCUUAAUCGAGAAGGCAAAAAGAAGAACAAGGACGUGCGAUUUCUUGACGAAACCGAAAUUGAAGGACAAGUCGCUGGCAGCAAAGCAGGAGGUCAUGUUUCUGCGGACUUUUCUAUGAACGGCAAAGGAAAAGAGCAAGAGGAUGAAAGUGACAGCGAGAGCGACGAGGAGGAGCGAGAUCGAGUGGGAAAUGACGAAGACGACGUGGAGAUUGGCGCCGGAGGGAAGAAAGAGCAUGCGCCACGACUCGAUGCAUUCCACAUGAAGUCUGAGCUUGAAGAAGGUCGCUUUGACGCUGACGGCAACUACGUUCGCAAAGCCAUCGACCCGGAUGCUGUCCACGAUACAUGGCUUGAAGGAGUGUCGAAGAAGGAAAUGAAGAAGGCCAAAGACGCAGAGGAGAAGCGCGAGCAAGAACGCCGGCAAAAGAAUCUUGCAGACGACCAAGUCUUAACGAGCGAACUCCUUGCGACGCUCAUUUCUCGACUGGAGAAGGGAGAAAAUACAAUCGAAGCUCUAGCUCGCAUCGGAAAGGGCGUGCACAAGAAGCCCAAAUGGCAGACCAAGAAGAAGAAUGCCAAAAAGGCCGAAGACGCAAUGCACGUUGAUACAGAAGCCGCCGAAGAUCCCGCCGAAACCCAACGCAAACAAACCGUCGAAACAAUCACCGGCGCCGCAGACCAGCUUCUCACGCGAGGCCAGACUGAAAUCUACGACACAGAGCGUGAGCUCCUCAUGCGUCAGUAUAAACGGGAAACGGGCGAAGACUGGAUCGACCAGCCAAAAGACACAGAACAAAACGGCGCGGAACCAUCUAAUGUAGUCAAGCAAUGGGAGUACCGCUGGUCGGAUGCACGCGACGGUGGAGAAGUUCACGGUCCAUACGAUGGGCCAACAAUGCAAGCUUGGAACGGUGCAGGUUAUUUUGGCGAGGGCGUCGAGUUUCGCAUGGCCGGAGAUACUGGCGGCCAAUGGUCGAGAUUGGUCGAAUUUGUCUAG